CCCUCAGAGCUGCUGCUGUGCCACUGUGUAUGUGUGUGAGAGAGAGAGACGGAGCCGGGUCAAGAAAUCUCACCUCGGUUUAUUACUGGAAAAGUCGGUAGAUUCGCCUGCAGAGGGGAAAAACCCCCAGUGUGAUCAUCAAAAAGCGGCACUGGGACUUUUUUUUCUCUCUUUUCUUUUUUUCUAAAAAUAACUCCACAGGUCGACUAGUUUGUUUGCACCCCGCCUGCCGUCCGUCAGUUUUGAACAGGGUCGCUCCCGUGACUUAGUCGUCGGAGAAUGGCUGAUACCACCUCGUCCAGCCCCGCCGCGGGCUGCGCGGAGAAGCUGAAAAUUUACGUCAAGACCAGGAAAGGGUUCAUCCUGGCCGGAGAGAUACUCCUCAGUUUCAUCAUCCUCAUCUGCUACGCCGCAUCGUACUCAGGAGGCUACACCGCCGCAGCCAUCUGUGAGAUGGUCUUCGCCAUAAUCUUCUUCGUCGUCUUCAUGAUGGAGCUGGACAAGCAGUUCGCAAUGGUCAACUGGCUGUGGAGUGAUCUUUUCCGUGCUGCCGUCGGCGCUGUCGUCUACUUCAUCACGUCUCUGGUCUGUGUCACUUCAAGAUACGCGGACGGAGCCGGCAUCGCAGGCGGGGUAUUUGGCUUAAUCGCUACUGUGCUGUUUGCAUAUGAUACGUACACCAUCUUCCUGCAAAUCAAGAGCGGCAGUCAGCACACGGCAGCUUCCACUGACGACAGAGUGUAAGCUCUCCCAGACACACGUACCUCUACUAAGAACGCAGCAGAAGAACAAAAAGAGGACACCUGUGCAGAAGUUAUGAGAGGAGCGCGUCACUGAGGACGGUGGACAGUAAAAUGAGCAGGUCACAGUUUGAUAAGUAGUACUGUACGGCGUGGACAGGCCUAUUUAGAGUCGUGUCUGAGAGCAGGAUGAUGUAGCCUAAGUGAGAGGCACAGUACUGUACAUCUUUGCCUGCAAGUCUACGACAUGAAGAAUUCUUCUUUCAAGCUUUUAUUCCAACUAAAAAGGGAAAUCCGUCAUUAAUAGCCAAUGUAUCACUUUGGUUCAUGUCAACAAGCAGCCUGUCUAAUACACUUGUCUACUAUUAAUGGACUGCUCUAGUAAAUAGUAACUGUGUUAUUUGGACUUCAGAAGUAACUGACACAGAGGGUGGAUGCUUUAGGAGUUGUUUAACAUCAUAAUUUUGCUCUUCUUGUUUUCUGUUCAAGUUUAACUUCUCUGGUAUUUAAUCACUGUGCUUAUGACAGUGUGUUACAGUUCCUUCAGUGUCUCAUUCUCACUAAUCAAAAGUGUUCAUCAUUCGUUCCUGAAUCAUAAACCGUUGAAGUGACCUAGUUUCAUUGACAGAAAUGUUUUGCACUAAUAGCCACCCUAUUAGUAUCAGUAAGACCCAUAGACAGCCAUCAGCUAUCAACCACGCGUUCAUUAUUUGAAUUACAGUGUCAUCCUCCACUUUGAUUCUUGCUCAGGUUAAAAGUUUUUUUUUCUGUCUUACAUUUGUAACACAUUUUUAAGGUGCAAAAUAUUUAAUCUGUUGACAUUUUAUAAUGACCAGUAGUACAGUUUUUUGUUCUCCUUUGACUAGGCUGGUGAAGAUAAAUAGUUUAAAUUUUAUGGUGUACUGUAAAUGUUCCCUCAACUAUUUGGUGGUUACUUGUCCAAGCAAAAACACUGCCGUAUUAUUUUGAUUUUUUCUAACAUGCUUUACAAGUGCCUGCAGUCUGUAAUUUCAAAACUUGAAGCAGUCUUGCUUUAGGGAAUAAAAGCCAUUGUUACUACAAAGAAAAAAAA